CGACUAGGGUUUCAAUUCGAUCGUAGAGAGAGAAAGUAGUAGAGAGAGAGAGAGAGAGAGAGAGAGAGAGAGAGAGAGAGAGAGAGAGAUGGAGAUGGCUUGUUAUGAAUCCGUCGUCGAUAAAUUGCAAGAGAUGAAACCGUUGAGUAACAACUGUGCGGGAAGAAUGAAUCUGAUAGCUGAACCCGCCGCCGUCAAUCAAUUGGAAGCGGCGGAGGAGAAGAAGAAUAAUCGUAAAGAGAUUCCAGAACAUGUAAAGAAGAUACUUGCCAUGUGGAAGGCUUGUGCAGGUUUUCUGCCAAUGUAUGAUCGAGAUAUCCCCGAUUCAUGUUCUCCCGAAGUAUUUCAGAGGCUCCUAGGUUUUGCCCAAUUGUCAAUUGAUGUCUUCAAUCAGAGACAGCCCAUCAAAUACUGUGUGGUGGAUUUGGUGAAAGCAACGCAACUUUUGGUGGAUGGGUAUUUAGUCGAUUUGAGGUUUACCGCCAAGCCUGCUGAUUAUGAAGAUGAAGAUGAAGAUGAAGAUGAACAAGGUGCCAAAAAUUUUAAAGCUAAUAUUUACUAUGGAGUCAGACCCACUGAAGUAACCGCUGUUACGAUGCUCUCUACUUGAAAAAAAAAAAAAAAGGUGAUUCCAUCUUCAGAGAAGAUAUAUAU